UAGAUUGAAAACAAUGGAUAAGAAGCCCCUGUGAACAACCUAACAAACUGAGGGGGAAAUGGUUAAUUUCGUCAUCUUUACUUUUUACACGUAUAAUACAGUAGCGAUACUUACGAAUUCAUGAAACGUGACUUGAGUCUGGUGAGAUCGUCGUUUGUCAAGGUCUUGCGUACACUCGUGCGUCGAAAACCUGAUAAAAUUUGCAAGUGCGCAUGUGCGACCUAAAAUUUGUAAACAAGAGACCACUGCACUUCGGAUAGUAAGUUCUUGUGUAUCGUUGUUCGCAUAGAAUGGCAACAUGCCGAGCUAGAUUACUUUGUGGUUUGAAUAUUCGUGGACAAUAUUGUUCCGUCAACAAGUAUUUACCUCUUUUAGCAGCAAGGAAAUUGCAUUUAAGCUUUAAAAAAACUCGUUCCGAACUUCCUCUAGAUGCACUUUCCAAUUACUGCGUUAGUGGGAAAAUCUGCUUCCGUCAGUUUCCAAGGAGUGUUUCUUCAUUUGCUGGAAAAGACAAAGAUUAUAUCUUCAGACAAUUAUUGGAGUAUAAAUCCUUUACCUACACCUAUCUCCUUGCUGACCCAGACACAAAGGAAGCUGUUCUUAUUGACCCAGUCAUUGAAACUGUACCAAGAGACACUAAAAUAGCCAGAGAUCUUGGACUCAAUCUUAAAUAUGCAGUGAAUACCCACGUGCAUGCUGAUCACAUCACAGGGACAGGGUUCAUCAAGAAGCAGAUUUCUACAUGUAAGAGCGCUAUCUCUGCAGCCAGUACAGCAGAGGCCGACAUUAAGCUUAAAGAGGGCGAUAAGUUGACCUUUGGAAAAUAUGAGCUUGAGGUCAGAAGUACACCAGGACAUACAAAUGGCUGUAUUACAUUUGUGUGGCAUGACCGAGAGAUGGCGUUCACUGGAGAUGCCCUACUGGUCAGGGGCUGUGGACGAACAGAUUUCCAAGAAGGAAAUUCUGAAACUUUGUACAAUUCUGUUCAUGAUAGAAUACUUUCCCUUCCCCCAAACUACACCCUCUAUCCAGCCCAUGAUUACACAGGUCAGACCAGCACCACAGUAGCUGAAGAAAAAGCUUUCAAUCCACGAUUAACCAAAUCAAGGGAGGAAUUUGUGAAGAUAAUGAAGGAGUUGACCCUCCCAUACCCCAAACAAAUAGACAAAGCUUUACCUGCCAACCUUGUCUGUGGUCUGUACAAUCUGCCUGAGGAGUUUACCAAAGGUUAGAGUGAAACAAAGCUUACUAGAAAACCUGAGAUGAAGUCAUUCAGCAACCAGUUUGGAUUACAGAUGGUAGUGGAUGUGCCAUGCAAUUUUUUUUAUUUACAUCUUUGAUUUUAUUCAAACAACUUAGAUAAAUAGAAUUCAUUGUACAAAAUGUACAUCAUAAUUUUAUAUUUAAUUUUAGAUUUGAUUUUUUAAACGUUUUUUAGCCUCUAAGGUUUACAAUCUGUGAUAAAAUAGUUGAUUUAGUGGCAACAUUGUAGGUACAAUCACUACUGUAGUGGGAGUAUGUUGAUUUGCAUAAUAUGGAAGAAGUGACAAAUCUUAUACAAUCAAUAUCUUUAUCAUGUCUUUGUAUAUAUAUUGUGUAUGUAUGAUAAACAUUCAUCGGUGAAAUGCAAUACAUUGAGUGGACCCGAUGUUAAACAUUCAUAAGACUCAGCCUAGCUCGAACAAAUCAUUAAAUAGCAUUCACGUCAAGAUCUAGUAACAAAGAAUACCUGCAUAUAUUCUACAUUUUUUGUAAGAAAGAAGAACGACAAAUGAAAUAGUUUAGUGUGUCUACAGAUUUUCAUAACAGAUUAUUUAAUUGCCAAUUAAUUUUGUUUUCAUUUUUGAAACACUGGUAGCCGAUAUCUAAAUCUUACUUAAAAAUAUUAUCAUUAUGUAUUAUACAUAUAUUUUAUCUUUUAAAAAUCUGAUUGGUUUUUAUGGUCAUGUGACUGGUAACGAUAAACGUCAUACAAAGUAUUCCUCUGUAUUUGUAUCUUACCUCCUGAUAACACUGUCAACAUGUUGAACAUAGUAACGCUACAGGUAGUACAGAAGUAUACAUCAGAUUUGCAAGUCUCAAUCAAAUGUCCAGAUCAAUCUAAACUUCUUUUGCAUAUCUAAAUAUUUUGAAAAUAUGUGUAGAUAUGGUAUGAUAAACCAUUUAUUGCAUGAAUGUUCAAGGCAUAUGAAGGUUUAUUCAUGCUCAAAAAAUCAUAUUCCCCUUAAGCAGGUAUGAGUAAAUUAAGCUUUGUUUACCCAGUGAUAAUAACUAUCGAUGUAUUCAUUUAAAGGAUGACAAGGAAAUUGCAUUGUGGAAGUAAAUCCUAUCUGUUUGCAGCUGACUAAUGCCAUAUUUACAAUAUAUUUGUUAAUUCCAUACAUACAAUUUUCUGUUGUACAGAAAUUCUUUUGAGAAUUAAAUUUUUUAAAAUUUA